AAGAAGAUAUUGUGUCCGCACUCACUCUCUACGAGUGGAUAAAAUUCAACCCACGUAGAAGAACUCAAGCAACACCAUUCCAAUCAAUGGCUUCCUCUCGAUCGUAAUUCCGCCAUUUUCCCCAUACCUUUCUUGACCUGCAAUUUUCACACUCCUCUCCCUUUUUACAAGUACCCCCUACGAACUUCCAUUAUUCGGAAAAACCCACAGAAAAGCUUUCUUCCAUGGCGUCAACACUAACAAACCCAUUACUCUCCUCAAAAUUCUUCGGCACCCAAAUCUUCAUCUCUCCCCCAACACCCAAAACAGUCCCAAAGAGAUUCGCAGCAGUACCAAAAUCACUUCUCAACCACAAAAAUUCAAACAAAUCACAGAACGCAAUCAAUCGUGCAGCUCUGGCCGCUUUUAUUUUCUCCUCAAUCACCCCGCAAGCUUUUGCACUAGACAACAACAUCCCGCCACCCUCCCCUGCACCACAAGUAAUUGAAAUCGAAGCCCAGAAAUCCCCUCUCCAAUCACCCGUUGCCCAGAAUCUAACCUUAAACGCUCCGAACCCGCAAGCCCAGCCCGCACCCGACAUACCCGAUGGCACCCAGUGGCGCUACAGCGAAUUCUUGAACGCAGUGAAGAAAGGGAAGGUUGAAAGAGUUAGGUUCAAUAAAGAAGGAGGUAUACUUCAGCUGACAGCUGUCGAUGGCCGGAAAGCCGCCGUGGUGGUCCCCAACGACCCUGACUUGAUUGAUAUCUUAGCCAUGAACGGAGUUGACAUCACUGUGUCGGAGGGCGAUUCGGGGAAUGGGCUGUUUGGUUUUCUCGGGAAUUUGGUUUUCCCAUUGCUUGCUUUUGGUGGGCUUUACUUUCUGUUCAGGCAGUCGCAGGGAGGGGCGGGCGGGCCCGGAGGAAUGGGUGGGCCGAUGGAGUUCGGCCGGUCGAAGUCUAAGUUCCAGGAAGUUCCGGAAACAGGUGUGUCGUUUGCUGACGUGGCGGGUGCCGACCAAGCGAAGUUGGAGCUGCAGGAGGUGGUUGAUUUCUUGAAGAACCCGGAUAAGUACACCGCGUUGGGUGCGAAGAUUCCGAAGGGAUGCCUUCUGGUGGGCCCGCCGGGAACCGGGAAGACGCUGUUGGCCAGGGCGGUGGCUGGUGAGGCUGGGGUGCCGUUUUUCUCGUGCUCCGCUUCGGAAUUUGUUGAGCUUUUUGUUGGUGUAGGUGCUUCUAGGGUGAGGGAUUUGUUCGAGAAGGCCAAGGCGAAGGCGCCUUGCAUUGUGUUCAUUGAUGAGAUUGAUGCUGUGGGGAGGCAGAGGGGGGCGGGUAUGGGGGGUGGGAAUGAUGAACGAGAGCAGACGAUUAAUCAGCUCUUGACUGAAAUGGAUGGGUUUUCGGGUAAUUCGGGUGUUAUUAUACUGGCGGCUACUAACCGACCGGAUGUUCUUGAUUCGGCUUUGUUGAGGCCUGGGAGGUUUGAUAGACAGGUCACUGUUGAUAGGCCCGAUGUUGCUGGUAGAGUCAAGAUUCUUCAGGUGCAUUCGAGAGGGAAGGCACUCGCAAAAGAUGUUGACUUUGAUAAGGUAUCAAGACGAACACCAGGUUUCACAGGAGCAGAUUUACAAAACCUAAUGAACGAAGCAGCCAUACUUGCAGCAAGACGUGAGCUUAAGGAGAUUAGCAAAGACGAAAUAUCUGACGCACUCGAGAGAAUCAUUGCUGGUCCCGAGAAGAAAAACGCCGUCGUUUCUGAAGAUAAGAAGAAGCUCGUCGCUUAUCAUGAGGCUGGUCAUGCUUUAGUUGGUGCUUUGAUGCCGGAGUAUGACGCAGUUGCUAAAAUCUCGAUUAUUCCCCGUGGUCAAGCUGGCGGACUUACAUUCUUUGCUCCAAGUGAAGAGAGGCUCGAGUCGGGUUUGUACAGCCGAAGCUACCUAGAAAAUCAGAUGGCGGUUGCUCUUGGUGGAAGGAUUGCUGAAGAGGUUAUAUUCGGACAAGACAAUGUAACAACGGGAGCAUCAAGUGACUUUAUGCAAGUUUCGAGAGUUGCAAGGCAAAUGGUUGAGAGAUUUGGUUUCAGCAAGAAAAUAGGACAGGUGGCGAUUGGAGGAGGCGGUGGAGAUCCCUUCCUCGGUCAACAGAUGUCGAGCCAGAAAGAUUACUCAAUGGCAACUGCAGAUGUGGUGGAUGCAGAAGUGAGGGAGCUGGUCGAUACGGCGUACAGUAGGGCAAAGCAGAUAAUCACAACCCAUGUAGACAUUCUGCACAAGCUUGCUCAACUGCUCAUAGAGAAAGAAACUGUUGAUGGUGAAGAGUUCAUGAGCCUUUUCAUUGAUGGCAAGGCUGAAUUAUUUGUUGCUUGAUCGAUUGAUCGAAAUAUCGUUUGUAUAUUUUAUACCAAUUUUACGCAGCGACAGUGAUACGUAUAGUCGAGUAAAUUUUAUGUAUUUUUCCGAUGAUGAUGUCA